AUGUACAAAGAGGAGACAAUACCACUUAUUCGGAUACAGGCAGAAGAAGGCACAAACCGCACGUCAGAAGGAGAAGAUAACGAUGGGAGUGAAAUUAACGCUGGUUCCUCUCGAGUCCUCUCUGCAGCCACCUCUAGAGAAGAAGAUGAUGACUCCAGUAACAAUGCAAGCAGUGAAAGCAAGAGUCCUGGCCAGAGGCGACCGAUCAUUGCAUCGAGUUCGUCAAGCUCUCGCAAGUCCAUGCAGGACACUGAGAGGGCGGAGUCAGACACAGACAAACGCGGCCAUAAAUGGAGACACGUCCAAGCUGUCAUGGCAUACUACCAGGCACUCAGGAAAAUAAAGAGAACAAAAUCGAACCAAAGAUGGAUGAAGUUGCGAACGACAGUGCAGCUCAGUUCAGCGAUACAGAAGAAACCGCCGUUGAAGAGAGAAGACUCUUUUUUAAAGAGAUUUUCCACUAGACAGACACCGCUAACACAAGAAACUGUAGAAGACACAGGAUCAGAAGGCGCCACAGGAGACCACAGAUCUACGAACAGACAAAGAAGACGGAAGAUCAGAGCACCGCGCACCGUUGUCAACCCUGACGAGAACUUCUUCUUUUACUGGCUCUGGUUAAUCACCAUCUUUGUGCUGUACAACCUUUGGACCCUCAUCGUGAGACAGAGCUUCCCUGAAUUACAGAUAAUGUGCCAUCAUUUCUGGUUGACGUGUGACGGCAUCAGCGACGUGGUCUUCGCUCUGGAUCUCGUCGUGCAAUUCCGAACUGGUUACCUGGAGCAAGGACUGAUGGUCUACGACUCCAAGAAACUAGCAAAACACUACAUAAAGUCGCGGAAUUUUCUUUUGGACAUCGUUUCGCUGGCACCCCUAGACUUACUGCAACUACAGAUUGGCACCAACCCUAUCAUCCGCUUCCCUAGAUUUUGUAAGGUUUACAGAGCAGUAGACUUCUACUACAUAGUGGAGUCGAGGACAGUGUACCCCAACUUCUGGCGCGUCAUCAACCUGA